AUGGAUACUAACUUCGCAGCAUUUUUAACCGGGCACAUGAAAAAGCCCCUGGUGGUAGAAGAAGCGGAAGACAGAUUCGCCGACGAAAAUGAGAUCGUCAUCAAAAACGCUGCGGUUGCGAUGAAUCGUAUCGACAUAGCUUUCCAAGAAUUCCCAUGGAGCAUCUUCAACUAUCCCUUGAUCCUGGGCGUCGACGUGGCUGGCGAGGUUGUGGAAGUGGGAUCCCAGGCUUCGCAGUUUAGCGUUGGAGAUCGCGUUAUAGGGCACGCUCUUCGCUUAGCGACGGAGGAUGACCGCCAUGGUGGCUUCCAAAAGUACACCGUCUUAAUGUCAAACAUGGCGUGCGUUAUUCCACCAUCUUUACCCUACGAGAAUGCCGUUGUUCUUCCCUUGAGUAUCUCAACGGCAGCGGCUGCGCUGUUCCAAAAAGACACCAUGGCGCUUCAGCCACCCACGGUAUACCCCGAAGAGAAAGACAUUUGGAUCAUCGUGUUGGGUGGAACAGGCUCUGUUGGUAGUAAUGGCGUUCGACUAGCUGUAGCAGCUGGUUACAAGGUGAUUACAACAGCUUCAACGAGAAGCUUUAGCCUUGCAAGGCAGCUAGGCGCAACUGAAGUGGUUGAUUACAAGCAUCCCGAUGUUGCCAAUGAAUUAGCUCGAAUUCUAUCGGGGAAGGAGAUCGGCGGAGCGUUUGAUGGGAACGGACAGCCAGAUACGAUUAAGACAGCUAUCGAGGCUGUCUCUAAGUGCAACGGCAAUAGGUUCGUCACAACAGUAGGGGAUUGGAUCGAUCCAUCAUGGGUGUCGAGGGAUGUCAAGGCUAAGGCGAUCAUGGGGAUAUCCAUUCGAGACAACGAGGUUGGUCAAAUGGUUUACGAGGGGUUUCUACAAAACGCAUUGGCUGCGGAGAGGUACAUGAAGUACCCCGAACCUCUCGUGUUCGGCGAGGGCCUCGGCUCUAUUCAAGAUGCUCUCGAAAAGUCUAAGGAUUCGAAGGGGAAGAAAGUAGUUGUGACUAUCAAGUGAAC